ACCAAACAGGCCGUAAUGAACAAAAUAAAAGCGGGAACGAAUGAAACCCUUGUGAUUUUGUGGCGGCCCGCCACUCGGUGUGCAAACGAUGUCGUACUGCUUCCUUCUCCGCGAAAAAGUCAAAAACGUCGUCGUAAGCGAAGACCUGCAAUACUAGAGCCGAAACGUUGUGGUCUAUUUACAAUUACCACCGCGUCACCUCCUGCGUAUCAGAUGCUGGUGCGACUAAUUCCUUCAAUGGCACUCUCUCUCGCUACUAGCCUUUCAUGGCGGACUAAAUUACCCAAUUUACUGCGGUCCUCAACUGAUUUCGCUUCUUCCAAACCUCGAUUCUUCAACCCUAACAAAGGCGUUUCUUCUUUUUGUUCCAACUCUCACGUUUCACUCGAGGCCGCCGAUACUGUCCCCGUUGGACCAUCAAAAUCUGGCUCUCUGAAACCUGGCUUAUACUUGGUUGGAACUCCGAUUGGGAAUCUUGAAGAUAUUACUUUACGGGCACUGCGGGUCUUGAAAUCAGCUGAUGUGAUACUUGCUGAGGACACUAGGCAUUCAGGGAAGUUGCUUCAGCAUUAUAAUAUUAAGACUCUUCUGUUGAGUUAUCACAAAUUCAAUGAGUCGCAAAGGGAACAAACAGUUUUGAAGAGGUUGAAACAAGGAGAGAUUGUUGCUUUGAUAAGUGAUGCAGGGACACCAGGCAUUAGUGAUCCGGGGACAGCUUUGGCAAAGGUAUGUGUGGAUGAAAAUAUUCCAGUUAUUCCUGUUCCUGGACCUUCUGCUCUGAUAGCUGCUCUUUCUGCUUCGGGGUUGGCCACUGAUGAAUUCACAUUUGUUGGAUUUCUUCCUAAACAUGCUGGAUCAAGGAGAGAUAGGCUGAUGGUUUCUGCGGAGGAGGCUGCAACACAAAUAUUUUAUGUUCCUCCACACAAACUUUGUCAGUUUCUUGAAGAAACUACCUCAGUUUUUGGCGAUUCAAGAUGGUGCGUCAUCGCUCGUGAGAUGACAAAAAUACAUGAAGAGUUUUGGCGUGGUUCUCUGGCAGAAGCUAAAGAAGCAUUCUCAAUGCACCAACCUAAGGGAGAAAUCACUCUCUUGAUCGAAGGGAAGGAAAAACUUGCUGUUGAAAGUCCAUCAGAAUGUCAACUAGAGAAUGAAUUGAGGGAUUUGAUAUCCAGUGGUCAUAGUCUUUCAUCGGCAGUCAAGCUGGUGGCGGAGGGAACAUCAGUGAGAAGGAAAACAAUAUAUUCACUUGCCUUGAAAAAAUUCGGCAAACAACUUGAGGCGGAGGACAAUUUAACUUGAUGCAUCUCAUAACGAAAUGAUCUGUGUUGCCUUGUCCCAUUAAUUUGGAUUUUGGGGUGGGGUGUCAGUGGCCUGCCAUGGGUGGAGCUAAGGCAGAGCAAAUUUUUUCUUCAGCCGGUUGAGAAGCGAGAGAUUUAAUUCCAUAGCCUGCUUCCCCAGAUGAGUCCGGGGUACCUGCACCUGCAGUGUCUACUGCCGGCAGUGUUUCGUCACACCAUUGUUUUUCAAAUUUAAAAAACAAUGUAGGUCUCACACGGUUCAACACAUCAGACGGUGAUGCUUGAAACUGUGGGAAACUUCAAGGAAAUCCCACUACAGAUACCCCGAUUUGUUCCCUAGAUGGUCAUGAAAUUUUUCGCUGCCUUGUUUCUUAGUUCUUAUCUAAAACUUUUAACUGCUAACCCGAACAGUCCAAA